AUGGCAUCCAACAACUACCAAUGGCCAAGUGAGAGAAUGAAUCUGAAGCCAGCUGGGGUCUUGGAAGUCGAUGCUAUGGCUUUGCUAACAGCACAAAUUUCUAACCUUACUAAAAAAGUUGAUUCUUUAAGUGUUAAUUCUAUAAACACUAGUACUAAUUUUGGUUGUGAACUUUGUGCAGGCCCUCAUCCAAGUUCAGAGUGUACCACAGGGAACCCAUUUGCGUCUGCUGAGCAAGUCAAUCAGAAUCAGCAAGCUUCUAUUCAGAAUUUGGAGGUGCAAGUUGGCCAAUUAGCUAAUGUCAUAAGUGGAAGAAACCAAGGAGUAUUUCCAAGCCAACCAGAAAUUAAUCCGAAAAAUCAAGAACAAGUAAUGGCAAUCACAAUUCGGGAAAAGAAGCAAGUAAAUAUAGCGGUUGACUUGGAAAAAGAAAAAUUAGAAAAAGAGAAAGAAGCUGAGAAAUCCCAAGAAGAAGAAAAUUAUGCUGUUAUGCCCACUCCUUCUCCUCCAUUGAAGCCAUAUGUCCCACUGAUCCCUUUUCUGCUGAGGCUGAAGAAAAAUAAAAUUGAUGAGCAAUCUUCUAAUUUCUUAGAGACGUUCAAAAAGGUGCAAAUCAACAUUCCAUUCGCUGCAGCUUUGGAACAAAUGCCAAGUUAUGAAAAAUUCAUGAAAGACAUCCUCUUGAAGAAAAGGAAAUUUGGUGAUCAUGAGAAAAUCCAACUGACUGAGGAAUGUAGCGCCAUCCUGCAACGAAAGCUUCCACCAAAGAAAAAAGAUAGAGGGAUUUUUAAAAUUCCAUGCACUAUUGGAAAUAAUUUCUUUGAAAAAGCUUUAUGUGAUUUAGGUUCUAGCAUUAAUUUACUACCUUUAUCUGUUGCUAAAAAAAUUGGUAUUGGUGAAAUUAAACCAACUACUGUCUCUUUACAGAUGGCAGACAAAUCAAUCACAUAUCCUGAUGGAAUUAUUGAAGAUGUUCUAGUAAAAGUUGAUACACUCAUAUUUCCGACUGAUUUUCUGGUUUUGGAUAUGGUAGAAGAUUCCGAAACACAAUUAAUUUUGGGCCGUCCAUUCCUGAUUACUGGACGAACUCUGAUUGACAUGGAAGAAGGGCUACUAACUGUCAGAGUUGGGAAUGAAAAAGCGACAUUCAAAGUUUUUGAACCAAUAACAUUUCACGGAAAAGCAGAGGAAAAUGAGAGUCUGAGCCAUCCAUUGGUACACGCCUCCAUCUCCAAAGUUGACAAACCAAGGGUUCCUGGAUCUACCUUGUACUUGGAUGAACUAAAACCAUAUGACUCAGGAAGGAAUGAAUUAGAGGAACUUCAAAAUAAAUCAUACGAGAGUACGAGACUUUUCAAGGACCAUACAAAGAAGGGGCAUGACAAGCAAAUUAAGAAUGACUGUGACGGUACAACCUUCAGAGUCAAAGGCCAUCGCUUAAAACCACAUGUGGCAGCCGCAUUUCUUAAGGAUGAGACCAACAUCCUUCUCAAUAAUCCCAAAUAA